AAAACUUCCAAAAUCCAAAUCGACAGAAUGAAGGGCCAAAGAAGCAAUGGGUCUCGGCAAAGAGAAUGCCAUCUGCCAAAGCUCAGAUCAAUGGUAUGCGGCAAGUAACCGCCGCCGUCGCCGCCGGAGACUACCGUGGCCAGCCGCCUGCUGGUAGAGAUUUGAUAGAAGCUCUGUUUGUGACGUCCCCGAAUUGGGACAUAAAUGCCUCGGAAUUUAUGGCAGACGAUAAGAGAAUGGACGAUAUUCGGAAACGGCAUCAAGUCUGGAUCGUUCGGGAUUGGCCAACCAAUCCAAGCGUCCUCAAAAUCUUCAGCGAGUCCGUAUCUAAUCUCCAAGCAGCUAUUAAUACACUCAACCAAACCUUUCACGACGAGCGCAUAUCAAAAGACCUUUUGACUUGGGUGAUAAUCCCCCAGAAGAGCUCGAGAAUAACCGAAGACACUCGUAUACGACUUUAUCCUCAUGAAAGGCCUCGAGUAAGUAGGCAGUUUACCGAGCCUAAUGACAUACCAAAAACUGCGGCGGCAAUUCUCCAAGAGCUACGCCCACAUAUUCAGGCUGCUACAAAAUGUCUGAAGAGCGCCACUUGUGAAAUCAAGAUGCGUUUGUCUUUUGGGCUCCUUUGUGUCGAGAGGUUCAAGAAGGACCAAGCAAAUCUAGUCAAUUGGGAUGAAUACGUAAUUCUAGUGAAAGAUUACUCACGCCGCUGUGGUCUUCCGUUUACUACUCGCUUUAGAGAAUACCGUCUUGCGAAUAGCUUUAUAACCCGUAUGCUGGAAUAUGAUGGCAUCGGUGACCUUCGUCUGGAUCACAAAAGCACGAGACGCACGUACACCUUGUUUCUCACUAUGAUGCACGGAAAAGAAUUAGUGGUGGAAAACUGGUCGAACGAUGAGUCCGCGUUAUCCCGAGCUAAGCUUGGUAAUGGACACCCAAGGCCCUACAUCGACUGGAUAGUAACGGCUCCAGAUAUGAUGCUUGAUUGGAGCCUUCAUGCAGAAACGUGGGGAUAUGAAAGUGUCCCGAAAGAUCUCUUAGAACUACUCAAAACCCUAAGGCACAACAUCCGCUACAACGAAGAUGAGAACAAUUUUCUCCUACCCUCUCAGGUAGUAGUAACCAAAGACCCAAGGGACUGGAAAGACCAAAUUUACCUCACUCGACUGAAGACAUCGUUUAUCGCAGAAUUUCAAGACAGUCCCUACGUGCUGGAGAUAAGUAUGACACAGGAGUGGCAAGGACUCAAAACCCGCGCGCCAGAGCAAAAGGUUAUAUGGCAAAUGGACUUUUAUGGCAAACACUGGGAUUCUGCAAUGAAUCAAGUUAAUCCAGUUGAUCAGAGAAAGGAUUUUGGAGAAGGAUUGAGGAAUAUCUGGGUUGGGACGGAUCCUGAUAUCUUGAAUAGAUUUUUGGAGUUCCUUGAGAACUUUUUAAAGGUCCAGCAGCAGGUACACUUCCCUGUAGAGGACCCUGAAGAGGAUGAAGUAAAGGACGAAUAG